CGCGUGGUCAGUGGCUGGGGUUCGCCAGGCCUCUGGCCUCCUCAUGGGGAACGUGAUCAAGGCCAUCCUGGCCUUCAUCCCGGCUGAAGGUUGCCAGAGCUAUGUAGUCGGAGAUCUCCAGGAGAUGCCGCUAGACAGGAUGGUGGAUCUGAGUGGGAACCGACUCCGCCGAUUCCCCGCCCGCGUGUGCUCCUUCCAGGAGCUGGUGAAGCUCUAUCUGAGUGGCAACCACCUCCACAGCCUGCCGCCCGAGCUGGGACAGCUGCAGAACCUGCAGAUCCUGGCCCUGGACUUCAACAACUUCAAGGCUCUGCCCCGCGUGGUUUGUACCUUGAAGCAGCUCUGCAUCCUUUACCUGGGCAACAACAAGCUCUGCGACCUCCCCAACGAGCUGAGUUUGCUCCAGAAUCUCCGGACCCUAUGGGUGGAGGCCAACUGCCUCACGCAGCUGCCAGACGUGGUGUGUGAGCUGAGCCUCCUGAAGACGCUGCACGCCGGCUCCAAUGCGUUGCGUCUACUGCCAGGCCGGCUCCAGCAUCUGCGGGAACUGAGGACCAUCUGGCUCUCGGGCAACCUGCUGACUGACUUCCCACCUGUGCUGCUCCACAUGCCCUUCCUGGAGGUGAUUGACGUGGACCGGAACGGCAUCAGGCACUUCCCCAGCCUGGUCCACCUGUCAAGCCUGAAGCUGGUCAUCUAUGACCACAAUCCUUGCAGGAAUGCACCCAAGGUGGCCAAAGGAGUGCGCCGGGUGGGGAGAUGGGCGGAGGAGGCCUCAGAGCCUGACCUGAGAAAAGCCAGGCGCUAUGCCUUAGCCAAGGAAGGAAGCCAGGAGGCUCAAGUCCUCGCCCUGCCACUUCCACUUCCUCUCACCAACUCCUGAGGAACUUGAGUGGUAGGUCAAUACCAUGGACACAAGUAACUCCAGCAUCUUCUGGAGGCCUCUCCACUAGAGCACAAAGGUUUUGCUUCAGGGCAUUUGGAGUGGGUGUCUUUGCCAGUAGACACCAAUGGAGGCAGGUGACAUGUUAUAAAUUGGAGAAAAUAUUUCCAUAUAUGUGACUAGACUGCUUUCUGGACUCUCAGUUCUAUUCCAAUGCCGGUGACAUCUCCCUCAAAGGCAAGUUUUACAGGAAAAAAAAAAAAAUCAGCCUUUUCAAGCAGGUUAUUUUGGAACACUGAAAAGCAAGAAGGGUUGGUCUCUUCUGCUUUCCUGAAGUGGCUGCUCACAAGACUCAUGAAUUCGUUGGAUAUGGUAUUUAUUAUAUUAGGUUCAGAGUGGCCUGUCUCCAGCUUUUUAUAGAAUAUACUCUUGCUAUAACUGAUCACAAAUGAUAAUAAUUCAGGCCACAUUAAACAGGACAUUUCUACACAUUCAGUCGGACUCACAGGAAAUCUUAAGAUAAAUCUAAAGCCAUAAUUUAGUGGCUUCUGAAAAUGUGGCUUCCUGAUGAAGAAUGUCUCCUAGUGGAGUCCAGCUGCCACUUCACCCAGGUUUUGCUCAUUUUUCCUAUGAGGUUUCAGCCAACAUCUGUCUCCAACUGUCUGCUGUCAAUAACUAGAAGCUAGAAAGUAUAACAUUGUGGGGGCCGGUGGUGGGGUGUAAUGCACAUUGAAUGUGCAUUACAAUGCACAACCACCCAGGUCAGAGCCUCUGGUCCCCACUUGCAGGGGGAAAGCUUUGUGAGUGGUAAAGUAGUUUUGCAGGUGUCUCUCUUCCUCUCUAUCUCCCCCUUCCCUCUGGAUUUCUGACUGUCUCUAUCCAAUAAAUAAAUAUAGUAAAAACA